CUUAGGUAUCUGUCACCGCCGAUUACUCAGCCGGACUCUUGCAGGAGCACCUUCCCACAUCUUCCAACAUCACGAAACCGUGCUACAAAUGUCUUGACCCGAAACCGUUGAAGGGGCUGAGCCGUUUGGCAUCCUCUCGCUUGACCGGCGCGACGCUUCCGGAUCGUAGGCUCCAUCUACGUGGCUCAUUCUGUAAAUGGGUGGAAAAUGGGUUGAAAAUGGGUUGAAAAUGGGUAUAAAAGACGUUUGGAGCCGGUCCCGGGAGUCAAAAUCCAAGCAUAACCACAACUCGUCUCUCCAACUCCCUGCAUCUUCUUUCGCUACUCGUUCAGAUACGCCAUUUUUUAUCCUCAAAGACCAAGCAUAAGCAACACUCAUCUCUCCAACUGCAACCAUGCGCUUCUCUCGCAUUAUUACUUCUGCUCUCUGCCUGUUCAGCGUACAAGCGCUGACAGUGCCUGAGGGCAAGUCACUCAACACGCGGACGGUACCGGGAGAAUUGUUCAACCAUGCCAAAGAGGCUAUCCGGAAGCAUGCCGUUGGUGCUACUAGGACAAUGAUGCACUCUGGCAUCGGGGCUCCUCGUGCUUAUCAAAUUGCCAAAAGCAAAGGCUUGCAGACUGUGGAGACGACUAUGGCCCUCGCAGUUUCCAAGGAGAGGGAAAAGUACAAAGACACGCUAGUCAAAUUCUGCGUACCUAAAGAGCAGUACUGCCGAGGCUCUGAAAGCAAAUUGGCCGAGUGGAAAGAGGCCUGGGGAGAGAUAUCGAGGGCGUGGGCUGAAUAUGCAGAGCAGAGGACUACCCUAGCAACCCACAAGGGCGGCCCUGCAACAGAAAGUUUCUAUAAGAAGAUAGAGGAGCCAAUCCUACAGCGCAACGGAGUAUCGAUUACUAUUGAGAACAAUCACCCAAAGGGCCCGGAUUAGACAUAGGUCUACCUGUUGAGGUCUGGUACAAGCGAGAGAUCCUUCAAAUCUUUAAGAUCCCCAGUAUUUCGUCGUGUAGCGGGACCUCAAGCAUAGCGAGCAAUGGUCGAGCAGGAUGGAGGCACGAGGUGGUCUGUAUCGUAAGGU